GGCCUCUGCGGCACGCCGCACAUCCAUGACACAUUUGCACAUGCAUCUUUCUCACACACACACACACACACAAAUCACAGCCUCAACCCACCACAGUCGCGGACACAACCCAUUCCAGCCCCCAAACCUACCUAACCAUUCCCUGCCCCCCUCCCCUGAGAGGAGAGCUCAAGCCCAAACACGCACCGGAGCACCACCCUUCUCGCUCGGAGACCCUCGCAGGAGAGAAGAAAAAACCGCUCUGCUGGCAUUUUUUCCCAUCCUCCUACGAGUCAAUUGGUCCCAACAAUCCGGUCCAUCGUUCUUGGUUCCCACGUUUGAUCCAAGGAAGACUGAAAGAAAGUUGUCCCUCCAUACGGGACACGGAGCUCUAUUAUUCUAUUUUUCUUCUCUGCCCUACCGCACUUGUAUCAGUCCGUCUCCUUUAGACGCCAAGCAUCAAAGUUAUGGAGCAGAGCCCCGAAGACCAUCAGUCACCGCCAGACGGACAAGCGGCCAACCGCGGGUCCGACGCACUUCCGAGACCGCGUCCGUUGGCUUGCACUCCAUGCCGGCGCCGCAAGAUUAGAUGCGACCACAAGACGCCAAUUUGUUCAAACUGUGUCAGGUAUGGCUUGGAAUGUGCCUGGCCCGAAGGACGACGGUCGUCGGGACGUCGCCAAAGACCACUCUAUGAAGAUGUAGUUUCGAGACUGGCUCAGAUGGAGAGGCUGGUGGAGGAGCUCCAGAAGCCAGACCAGGGACCGACACCUCCACAGCAAUAUGUCCCGACCGCCAGUGAGGCGGCAAAGGCAAGUGCCUCAAAUGCCUCACCCCUGGCGACGACGUCGUCAAACAACCCAUCGCCCCUGUCCAGGCGUAAGGCUAGUAGUGCGAGCCCAUCCUCCGGAAACCCUGACAACUACCCAUCGCCGCCAUCAGCUACUUCGUCGGCCUCGACUGGAGCAAGGCCGUAUUACAUCGGGGCUCCUGACGAAAGUACGAUAAUCGCAGCAGGUGCUUGCUCCCUACUCUCGCCCCAAGGUUUGGGUCAAAUCGAGCUUCUCAUUGGCGAUUCGAGGUUCAGCAAUGCCUUGAAAGCUAUGCAACCAAAGGUCGUGUAUGGCAAUGUUCAGCCGUAUCUUGAACCUGCCGACACGAACCAUCCUCUACCUCCGAACCAUGUCAUUAUGGAAUGUGUCAACGAUUAUUUCGUGACCAUGAACGCUGGCAUACGACUGUUCCAAGAGCACGAGGUACGAGCAGCUCUCAAGUCUUACUUCCAGGGCCAGCCGCCGGCGGAUCCAGGUUGGCGCAUGGCGGUCAACGUUAUUAUUGCCCACACCUUACGCAAGAGGAAUGGCAUGCGGAAUAGGGAAGAGUAUCAAAAAUACAUCCACAAUGCGCUGGGAAUGGUACCCAAUAUCAUCUUGCGCACACCAUCGCCUCUGUCGAUUGGGGCAUUACUGUCAACAGUUCUUUACUUCAGCUUCACAUCUGAGAACCAUAUUGCGCUCACCCUCAUGGGUCUCACGGUCCAACUCCUCUUGAUGGCAGGCUAUCAUCGGCCAGAGCCGGACGUGGAAUUUGCGCGCCCUCAACAACUCAUCCCUACAGAACAUCUCCACCGCCGCCGUCUCUUCUGGCACGCAUACGUGAUCGACCACGAUCUUAUGCUGCGGAUCGGAAAGCCUGCCCUCAUUAGCGAUGACUUCCUCCUGGACCUCCCCGAAGAGCACCCAUCCGAUGGGUACAGCAUGUACUACUACCCCAACGACGUGACGCUCAACUUCUUCCUCGAGCAGGUCCGCCUUGCCCAGAUCCAGGGGCGCAUUUCCACGACGUUGUACUCUCGCAGCGGUCUUCCUGCGGCCGAGCUUGAGGCCGAGAUCCGCCGUCUCGAUAACGAGCUGACAGAAUGGCGUCAGAGUAUCCCUCCGAUGAUCCGCGCCGACAACGUCGAUGCCCUGCUUGACGGCGACUAUUCUAGGCUGGUGUGUCUGACGACGUUGCACUUCACCUACUUCCAACUUGUUGUUGCGAUCCAUUCUGCGGCCUUCCGACUUCCCACACUGGAGGAUCAAGAGGGAGUAGAAGCCGGUGAUAUAGGCCCCAGUCUGGCGCUUUGCGUGAGCGCAUCGCGUGCGGCCAUAUCCCUGCUGAACUACCAUCAGAUCGAACACCCAUAUACGCCCUACCUGCUCUAUCAAAUCGCUUGGAGCGUUGACAUUUUGUUCGUCAACAUUCUCCAGAACAAAAACAACCCCCGAGCUCGCCGUGAUCUCGACCUAAUUCGCACUGUCAUCUCCUUCUUUGAAAAGUACGACCCGUACCACCAGAGCGUCAUCUCGUAUCAAAUCAUCAAGGUCAUCGCCGAUGUUGCGGCUACGGUCCUGGCAAACACCCCGACCUUGCCUCCGCACAUGCUUCCCGUUCAGCAAGUCCCACUCCCGGCCCCGAGUAUGCCGAUGAUGCCCGGCUCCGCGGGUGCAAUGCAGGGAGCUUUCUCCCCCCAGAUGUCCGGACCAGGGACAGCCCGCAGCGGUAGUAUCAACGGAAGCACCCCCGAUGUCCUGGGUUCCAUGAGAAGUCUUUCCAUGGCGGACCAGCAGCAGCAACAACAGACGUCACCAUUCAUGGACUUGUCAACAGGAUUAGCGUCGCCCAACGACGGUCAGCUCUUCCCCGGAUUUAUGGAUAUGGCCGACUGGAGACUACCGAUGGAUUACCAGCCAGAGCUAUGGCAAUAUGACAACCUCCUAGACAAUCGGUUUCCCAACAACCAAAAUUAAGCCGUAGUCGGACCGGAUCUAAGCAUUUGCAGAGGAACAAGUCUUGGCGUCAUCGGGUCCACUCCCAUGACGGCGGCGGCGGAUCACUUCCGGCCAUCCGGCGGUAACCGGCGAUAAGUCCGCAGGCCGUCGCAUUCCAGGCCCACCCUCUCCGGUUGCAUCGCCGAAAGAAACUACCCGAUAUCGCGCACUCUAGCGCCGCCAUCAGAGGCGAAUCAGGGCUGGCCACGAUCAUCAGGCACGCGAGCUUUUACCCAAAACUUCCAUUUGGAAUCACUCACCUACGGCUCCGUUGACAAAUUUCGCCGAGGUCGCGUGCCGAGAGGAGAGGACCUCGAGAGGCUAGGAAGGAGAGAAGAGGAGGAAAACAAACAUGAGGCCGGACGAUGCCGUCUGGGAUCGCGUCGCGACGAAGGAUUGAGCUCGAGAUGUCCGGACGAUGGCCGGGUGGACGGUGCGCCUCAACGUAGCCCUAAGGCCGUCGAGCGAGGAAGGAGCAUGUGGGAGGACGUGGAGUGGUACAGAGAGACAGAUGGAUGCAAUACCCGAGCGCCGAGGCACCCAGCAAUUGUCUCAACCCUAC